GUGGAAGCAGCGCUGGUCUGAUGGUUUGUGCUGGAGCUCCAGAGUGGACAUGCCGAGGAGCAGCGCGUGUGGGAAGAAAUUGAGUUGCAUACACCUGCGGUUCGUGUGGCAGGUUCUGACGGUGCUGACCGUUGUGUGUGUGGCGCUGCAGUUGCUUGGUGUGGUCCGGCAAGCUCGGAACACAAAGGUAAUUGGACCAGCUGAUGAUCAGCUGGGCUUCAAGCAUCUUCCUGCAGUGCAGCAAAAUGGAGGAUCCCUUCAGUCUUUCCCCACAACUCUUAAUCCAAACCAGAGGGACUACCAACUCUUCAAGUGGGAACAUGACAAGACUCUGGAUACAAAACCAUCCAGGCGCUUUACCACCACCCUCAAAAAGAUAUUACUGCAACAUGGACAUCGGCUAGCAAGUAAAUCUAGUCCCUCACCAGCAGAUCCCAAUGAUGUUCAAUGGGUUUAUUCAGAAAUGCUUAAGCAAUCACCAGCAGAGAAUAAAAAAUGGGAAAACAUACCUAGAAAGUACCCUGAGGAUCUCUCAGAAGACGAACCUGACAUUUACCCAGAUGUGAUCACACCAGCCAGAGAACCAGAGCCAGAGUCACCAGCAGAGAACAAAAUAUUAGAAAAACUGCCCACAAAGCACCAUGAGAUUCCUACAAAAGAUAAACCCGUGUUCUACCAAGAAAUGGUCAAACUGGCCCCAGCCAAGAAUGUAAAACUCAACAACUUGCUCAGAUUAUCCUCUGAAGUUCCCUCAAAAGACAAGCUUAGGGUGUACCAAGAAACACGCAGCCAAAAUCAAAACUCUGAAAAAACCCUGCCAAGAAAAAUACCAGAGGUUCCAUCAAAAGAACUUCUCAAUCCCUACAGUUUCAAUGCAAACUCUCACAAACAGGCCGUGAAUGUAUUAAGCCACGACGAAAAUGGCAAGUGCCGCCCCAAAGAACACAUCGUCUUCCUCAAGACCCACAAAACCGCCAGCAGCACCAUCCUCAACAUGCUGUACCGCUACGGAGAUACCCGGAACCUGACCUUCGCCCUGCCGGUGAACAUGCACAGCCAGCUCUACUACCCCAACUUCUUCCUGGCGUACUUCGUGGAGGGUCUGCGCUUUAACCGAGUGAAGCAGUUCCACAUCAUGUGCAACCACAUGAGAUUCAGAGGUCCCGAGGUGAGAAAGGUGAUGCCUGUGGACACGUUUUACUUUUCUAUCCUGCGGAAUCCCGUGUUCAUGAUGGAGUCGCUCUUCACGUACUACAAGGGAAUCCCAGCGUUCAGAAAUUACCGAACUCUUACUCAGUUUUUGAUGGAUGGUGGUCGCGCCUACAAUGCCUCGGUAUUCAAUAACCACUACGCUCGCAACGUUUUGACCUUCGACUUCGGCCUGAACAGCACGGCUCCUGAGAACGAUGUGGAAUUAGAUAAGCGCAGCGCUGACCUGAUUGCCACGGUGGAGAGCAAUUUCCACCUGAUCCUCAUCUCGGAGUACUUUGAUGAAUCGAUGAUCCUGCUGAAGCACUCGCUCUGCUGGACCCUGGAGGACGUCGUGUCGUUUCGACUCAACAGCCGGAACGCGAAGUCAAGGACGCAGUUGAGCCCGUUGUUGGAUGAACAUAUCAAGCAGUGGAACUCCCUGGACUGGCGGUUGUACCAGCACUUCAACGCCACCUUCUGGCGACGCAUAGACACCAUGCUGGGACGUGAGAAGCUCCAAGAGGAGGUGGAGCUUCUGAGAGCAAGAAGAGCAGAGCUGGAGCAAACCUGCCUACUAGGAGGAGGCGCCGUAGAUCCGGAGAAGGUUCAGGACUCGUCGCUAAAGCCGUUUCAAUAUGGCCAAGCAGUUAUCCAGGGAUAUAACAUUCGUCCAGGACUCAACAAUGAGACGCAUCAGCUCUGUCAGAGGCUCAUCAUGCCUGAACUUCAAUACACCAAAGCUUUGUACGUUAAACAGUUCCCUGAUCUUGUCGCUCAACACGAAGCUGAAGCCAAAUUAGCAGCAGCUAAACGUUUAGCUGCUGCCCAACGGUCUUUAGCAACUACGAGACACAGCACGGGCAACAAAAGUGCCUUGAAAAACAACCUAAAAUACAAGACUCAAGCUCAAACCGUUCAAAAGACACACCAGCAGAAGCCAAUCAGUGAACAUUAUGCUACCACAGUUGGUCGAUUGAAACCCAGCAAGGAAACUCAACCUAAACUUGCUAAACAAAGUGCAAUAGAACACAAUGUACCCCCUCAAACUUGAUCAUCAUGCAGUCUCCACAGUGUAAACAUCAUGCUAAACCUGGGUUGAGUUGUUAGGAGAUGUUUCCUCAAUGACAAUGAGGUUUUCUGGUUUGUAGGCUGGCUCAAACACAAAUAUUUCACUGCCUAUUGUGAAGAUAUAUGAAAAUUGAACAGGGUUUUGAACAAAAAAUCUCUUUCUAAAGGAGGCAGUCAGUUUAACCCCAUUUUUAAAAUCCCAUUCUUACUGGGUUAGAGGAGUAGGGUGAAGUGUUUGGACUCCAAAUGGAAGCAAAAUGAGAUUUCAUUCAUUUUAAUAAUGCAAUUUCAAAGUAUUAUGGCCCCUGUCUUCAUAACAGACAUAUAGUUGGCAUAGUAUUACGCUUCAGUAGCUAGCACUGGAUAGCUAAUUUUUAUGUUCAACUUUAAAUGUUGCAGCAGUUCUAAACAUUCUGAUGUCUGGGGCAGCUGCAUUAUUUAAGGUGGAAUGGGAAAACAAAACAAGAACAAGAAGCUGAUAAUAGCUUGUUCUGAGGUCUCUAUGAUUUCUAAGAUCUACGAUACGCAGAAGAAGAAGAUACGUUGGUUGGUCACAUUUGGAUGGUUCUCUCUCUAUGUGUGAUCCCAUUGGUUGUAGACAGUCGCACUGCACUUGACUAUUUAAUAAACCAGCUAGAUGUUUGCUGGCCAUCUUUGGCUGGUGGCAAUCAAUCGUCAAUGGCUUGGAGAACGUCUUUAUCUCAGUUAAAACAUACUUUCAAGGUAUUAUGGCCUCUUAUAAACAGAAAUAAAGUGGGCAUAGUAAUACAUUUUGGUAGCAAGCUAGUUAAAUUGUUAAAUUAUGUUUAACCUUAAAUGGCGUAGCAGUUACAUUCUGGCACCUGAGGCUACUACAUAAUUUAAGGUGGAAUUGAAGAAACUGUGGCAAAGAAGUGGGAAGAUUCUCUAUUCUUUAAGAAGAUACAUCAAAAGCAGAAUAAGGUUUUCUAGACACGGGGUUCUCUUUCCAUGCAAUCCCAUUGGUUGUUGGUAGUCACUGCUCUGGAUUCAAAGUCACCGACUGGUCUAGAUAUUAAACCUGCUAGAUAUUUGCUGGGAAAUCUGAAAAUCGGACUGGUUGACGAUCUCUCAGUGACUUCUCGUUAAAUCUCGUCAUCGUCUUUCAGAAGUUCAGACCACAUGACUGAGUGUGGGACGACUGAUCACCGAUUUUUAUCACCGAUCUACAAAAAAAAGUUGCGAUUAGAAAUCUGGGAUCCAAUCGUAUAGUGCUCACUAGGCAUUAGCCAGCUUGCUAACUGCUAGGCUGUUUAGUCAAUCCCAGUAAUCAGCCUCCAGUUACGUCACACUAUCAUUCAGGCCUGGUUAGAUAGAGGUUUGUUUCAGUUCAUUGGAUAAAUGGCACAUUUCAAGGACUGUCCAGAGAAGUCUUGCUCCAGCAAUAGAAUUAAUCUGCUUUGUGGAAAACCCUUUGGCCAACUGAGGGAUGCUAAAUACUGCACAGGGUUUCUUCAGGACAUUAAAUCCAUUAGACAGUGCCUAAACAGGGUAGUACUACAUACUGUGUGUUACCUAGUCUGACCCUGCCCAGAGUGAAAGGCCUUUACGUAGUAAAAAUCAAACACUUUAAAUGAUGUGGAAUUAUAUUAGUGUAUAUCUGUUAUAAUUCUAUAAGUCUUAAUUUUAUACAGGUGAUGAUUUAUUCUACUGUGCAUCACAAAAAUAAAAAACUUAAAAAUAAAAAAAGGUAAUUCAACAAUAUUGUAAGAAGCUUUACAGAAUCAGACAAAAAAUAAAAUAGAAACAGCACCUUAUUCUCAGUGUUGGGACCAAUAUGCACUUUUACUCUGCUAAAAAACAAUAGGAAACAAAGAAAAAACAAUGUAUGACUGAAUAGCGAAAGUUCUCCAAGACAAUUCAAAUGAACUGACCGUUGACUGCAAAUGGGCUUCCUGUGGAAAUCCACCGUCUGUAUUAAAACUGAAUUGCAACUGGGUCUAAAUGCAGGUCAGGAAGAGGAAUGGAUUGGAUUGCGUUUGCUGGCAGAGCAGAUGGGUUCUGUUCUUAAGAAACCACUGAAUGUCCGUCUUUGUUUCUACAGAACUCUUUGUGAUCGUGUUGGUUUUUAAUUUGCUUUAUUUUAAUUUGAUUAUUUAAGCUUGUUUGUGCUUAUUUAUGAACACACUGUUGAAUCAGGUGAGAAUCUAGAACUCCUUCCUAGAGAUGAUUUGAUCUGAUCUUUGGUUUGUUUAUUUCUCUAUUUUCUUAGUAUUGUUUUAAUUUAACAGUGGUGUCAGAAUGGCCUUUGAUUAAAGGGAAGUUUUGAAAGAUUUA